UGAUAUAAACUAGUUUUUAUUGCAUCUUAUUAAUUAAGGUGAAACACAUUUUUUCAAAUCAUAAAUACAGCGCUAUCGAUAUCCAAGGGGAAGUUUGACCUCUCAGGGUUUAGUGGAUUGAAGAACAAAUCUUCGAAGCAUACACAGUCCAACAACUUAAAAAUAAUUUUACACCUUUAACAUGAGAUAAAUUAUUUAGAUAGAAUUUUAUUAAAUUUGUGAAGUUUAGCAAUCUCUGAUUACUUUCACUUGUGGUGUUUUAAAGUUUAACAAGUAUAAUACUCGUCGUCAGUGUAUUAUUCAAUUCGUAAAAUAUACUGCCGUUUACAAACAAAAUGAAUCAAGUAAGAAAAUUAGAAUUUUCAUGUUUUCAUUUUUAAUUUCUGUAAAGCUUUUUUACAAGUAAACAGCUUCACACACCUACUCCUUUGGAUGACAAAAAUCAUGAAAUAUCCCUUUCGUUUUUCUUUUACGUCAAAUUAAAUGUUUAACGAAGAUCACAUGGAUACAUACUUUCAAUGUAUGAAAUUCGAAUACGACUAUUCACCACGUAAAAAUGAGAGAUUAAAAAUAAUUAUUAAUAAAUGAAUAAUAGCGAAUACAUUAAAUAGAAAAAUAUCGAAAACAACAGAAUUUUAAAUCGACGUUUGAAUCACCUAGAGUAACUCUGGUGCAACGCAUAAUUAAUAAUUGAAAAAGUUGAAAAGUAUAUAGAUUUAAAGUUAACUAAAAUUUAAAAUGUAAAUAUGGCUUUCGGUGGAAACUGUGGACGCAAAACAUUUGAACGAUUCUGUUUCAGAUAAUCAUGUUACUGUCAACUACACUGCUUUUGUUACUGGUCCCCCUACGCAACGUUUCUGCGGAGAAGAUAUAUACACAUCAUGUUUUUUAUUGGUCGAUUCGGCCGUACAUCGAGCAAAAUGUAAACGAUUCACACGCAGCUGACGGAAUUAUCCCUGAUAUGCUGGAAAAACUUUUUCUGUACUGCAACGCAGGGCUUCCAUCGAAAUAUGAAUUUUAUCCUAAAUUUAAAAAUCAAGACGAAUACCUCGAUUUUAUCAGAUCGAAUUUCAGUAGAGGAGUUGGCAUUCUUAAGGAUGUCCCAGUCAAUGAUACCUACGACUACCUGUGGUUUCUGCCCUUCUUAUCACCUGAAAUCGAAAAUACCGCCCAUAGCUGGGUGGACAGGGCUUUGCGCCUUGUCGAGUCAACAGGAGCACACGUAAUUGUGCAAAGAAACUUGGUAUCAUGGAAGUAUAAAAUGUUGCAAGGCGUUCAAAACUCACUCAACUAUCUGAUUUUAUCCAUUCUUAUGUCUGUGAGUGUUGGAACCGUUGUGUAUUUACUGGAGACACACCCAGAAAGUGAGUAUGGCCAGUCUUUGCCCGAAGGUGUAUGGAAUGGAUUUUGGUGGUCUACAGUAACUAUGACAACGAUUGGGUAUGGUGAUAUAGUACCUAAAUCAUUCCUAGCCCGCUUCUUCAGUUUAUUCUGGUUAAUAUUUGGUAUUGUAAUGGGUUCGGUUAUUACAGCUACAGUAACUGACGCCAUGGCAGGGACACAGUAUUUGGGACUUGCAAAUAAAGUGGUUGCAGUUUUAACUAAUUCAUGGGAAAAAAGAAUAGCCGUUGAAUACGGAGCGCACACACUAGAAAAGGGGACUUAUGAUGAUGUACUGCAAGCUGUUCGAGAUGGUGAGGCAUUUGCUGCUUUAGUAAAUUCAGAUAUUAUUCGAUACAAGCAAGAUCAAUUGACAAGUGGAGACAACCCGCUAGCAGUUGUUUACAAAAUCGAAACAGAAAUUCCAGUUCGAGGUAACGCGGUAAUCAAGCAGAUCGAUCAACUGUGGGAAUGCGUACAGAGACAUAAACGAGAUAUAAUCGAUACGCCUGUUAGGAAAUAUUAUAAGCACGUCUCGCUGGAUACAAUUCAUUACGUAUCGCUGAAGGAGAUGCUGAUUGAUGACUGGCUUGGUCUCAUCUUGCUGUUAAUAUCAUUAGGAACUAUAUUCAUAUGUCUUGCCCUACUUAUCUUAGAAAAGUAUGUGUUCAAGAAAAAAUUAUCACUUAAGACGAUUGUGGAAAUGGUUAAAAGAAAAAAACCACAAAAGCCUGAUCUGAUGGAGCUAAAUGGAGACUUAACAAAACCAGAUUUAUUCUAUCCAUCUCAACAGAUUCGGCGACAUUCCAGAUUUUCAGGUGAUAUGACUAAACACUCUUUUGGAAUAAAUAAUCCAAAGUUUGAUAACAGAUACGUUGAUAACUCUCUUGAAGCAAGGAUAAAAAACAUGGAGGAAAAAGUAAACGACAUGAAUAAUUUAUUACGUAGAAUAGUUGAUACAAAUGGUGGAAAAAGUAGAAAAGUUAGCAAAUCUUUAUUUAAAGGAAAAGACCUAUCUGGUGCUUUAAUGUGACAAUAAACAACAACAACAAAUAAUAAUAAUAAUAAUAAUAAUAAUAAUAAUAAUAAUAAUAAUAAUAAUAAUAAUAAUAAUAAUAAUAAUAAUAAUAAUAAUAAUAAUAAUAAUAAUAAUAAUAAUAAUAAUAAUAAUAAUAAUAAUAAUAAUAAUAAUAAUAAUAAUAACAAUAAUAAUAACAAUAAUAAUAAUAAUAAUAAUAAUGAAUAAAUUACCAACUGGUAAUUUGUCAGGAAUAAAUUACAGACUCAGUUAUGGUAAUAAAUAAUUUGGAUCGUGUCUAAAUACAUUUUGUUGUUGAUAUGUUUAUUUUGUAAAUAAUUUACCAUAGCUGUAUUAACAACUAUAUUCUAAAUACUGCUAUAACUGAAUUAAUACACUCUUCUGUUUAUGACCAGACAAAGUCAAUGAAACGGUACUGUAUUAAUAAAACUAAUGAUACCUGACAGCUGCAAUCAUGA